AUGAAUGACUAUAUUGACAACAAAGGGCCAACGACAAAGGAAAUCCAGAGGACGGUUUUCAGGGAGUUCCAUUGUAAACUAAGCUAUUGGCAGUGUUGGAAGGCAGGUGUAACGGCUAAGAACAUGGUUAGGGGGACACCGGAGCACGAGUAUGCUUGCUUACCGGCUUAUUCGUACAUGGUUGAAAAUCUAAAUCCAGGUUCCAGAAUUUGCAUUAGUCUUGAUGAUGCGGACAGGUUCAAAUAUUACUUCGUAGCUUACGGAGCUUGCAUUCGAGGAUAUAAACACAUGCGAAAGGUUAUUGCCGUUGACGGCACACAUUUAUACGGCAAGUAUGAGGGUGUGUUGUUGUCCGCCGUCGCACAGGAUACUGAGAACCAUAUCUAUCCAAUUGCUUUUUGCGUGGCGGACAAAGAGUGUGAUGAAUCCUGGACCUACUUCUUCGAGCAGCUGAGGUACAUAAUCGCCGAUGAACCAGACUUGUGCAUCAUCUCUGAUAGGCACAAGAGCAUAGCCAAUGGUGUUUUCAAAAAUUUUGAGCAUGCUCAUCAUGGACUAUGCAUGAAGCAUCUUGCAAAGGCAUAUGGUUACCAGGAGUUCAAUGAACAUUUUCAGCAAUUAAGGGAUAAAUGCCCCGAAGCUGCUAAUUGCCUCGAGUUUGAUAUUGGAUUUGACAAGUGGAGCAGGGCAUAUUUUCCAGCAAAUAGAUAUGAUGUGCUGACCACAAACAUUGCAGAGUCGCUAAACUCAAUGUUGAGGGAUGAAAGAGAGUACCCUGUUACCGCCUCAUUCACUUUCAUUUCUAGGAGUCCUUACAAAGUCAGAAUGGAAGUCCCAGAGAAGUAUGCAAACAUGUAUAUUCCUCCACCCCCUUACAACACCAAACUUGGAAGGAAGAGAGUGAAGCCUAUUCCUGGCGUCGCAGAAUCUUUCAAGGGAAGUAGCAAAGGGACGAGAAACAAGUGCUCGAUUUGUAAGGGGGCAAGUCACAAGAAAACAAUGUGUUAA